GGGUGUUGGAUGGGUGCCUAUAGGUUCAAUUGAUGUUGAAAAAGCAAAGGUAGCUGCUGCAGCUCUGGCUGAGAGAGGGUAUCGUCAGCACCCAAGCAACUUCAAAUUCAAACUCACCACUGAAGACAUUCCCAUGGUGCUGGCUAAGGCCAACGCUCAGGUUAUGAACAAGAAAGCAUACGUUGAUGCCUGGGACAAAGAAAAGUCGAAGAUCCACAUCAUGCCUGACGCUAUGGAUGUUCUUCUGGCCAAAGCAAACAAUGUCAACUUCAGCUAUAAAAAGUACAAGCAGGCACAUGAAGACGCCAAGAAAAAGGGAUAUGACAUGCGUAAUGAUGCCAUAUCCAUCAUUGCAGCCAGGGCCUCCAGGGACAUUGCCAGUGAUUACAAAUACAAGACAGGAUACCGCAAGCAGGUCGGCCACCACAUUG